AUGGGGAAAGAGAUGGAGGAGGCCUUGCCUGGUUUGACUGUGAGUCCCAGCAGAUCUCAGUUCUUUAAAGGAGACUCUGUGUCUCUGAGCUGUGAGGAGGACAACAUCUCUGCUGGAUGGACUGUGAGGAGAAACACAACCAGAAGAACCAGAACUCAGUGUGGAGAUGGAUGGGGAGAACCAGCUGGUUCCUCCUGUAACAUCAGCAGCCUCUACAAACAUGACACUGGAGUGUACUGGUGUGAGUCCAGAGAGGGAGCAGCCAGCAGCAGCAUCCAGCUCACUGUCUCUGGUGGAUCAGUGAUCCUGCAGAGUCCUGUCCUCCCUGUGAUGGAGGGAGAUGACGUCACUCUGAGCUGUCAAACAAAGACUUCCUCCAACCUCCCAGCUGCUUUCAUUAAAGAUGGCUCCCUCAUCAGGACUGAGCCUGCAGGUCACAUGACCCUCCACCAUGUGACCAGCUCUGAUGAAGGUCUCUACAAGUGUAACAUCAGUGGUCAUGGAGAGUCUCCAUCCAGCUGGAUCUCUGUCUCAGAACAAUACAACCACCAGCUGAAAGAUGCUUGGAUCAGUGAAGAGGUGGAGAACUUGUUCUAG